CAGAAGCACAUAACACUUUUAACUAGAAUGCCACCGAAAAAUAAAGGGGAAAGUAUAGAACCCAAAGGGGCUGUAAGAUUUGGCAGGAGUAAAAAUAAUUUAAAGUUUGGUUUGGUUGGUUUGCCCAAUGUGGGAAAAAGUUCUUUUUUUAAUCUUUUAACCGAACAAAAUGCCCCUGCUGAAAAUUUUCCUUUUUGUACUAUUGAUCCAAAUGAAUCCCGUUGCGCGGUGGCCGAUUCUAGAUUUGACUUCCUUUGUCAGCAUUUUAAACCUCUCUCUGAAGUUCCAGCAUACCUUCACGUCGUCGAUAUUGCGGGGCUGGUGAAAGGGGCUCACGCGGGUGAGGGUUUAGGGAACUCGUUUUUAUCUCAUAUCCAAGCUGUCGAUGGAUAUUUUCACAUUGUUCGCGCCUUCGACGCUCCUGAGAUUCUUCAUGUCGAAGAAUCCGUGGAUCCAAUACGUGAUAUGGAAACCAUUUCACAUGAGCUCUGCCAGAAGGACCUCGCAGCUUUAGAGAAAGCUAUCAAAGACGAAGAGUUAGAUGUGCGCAAAAGUCCCGGCUAUAAACUCUCUGAACUUUUUACAACAACCAUGGGAAAAGUUCGUGCUCUUCUUGAAGCUAAUAAACCUGUUCGGGACGCUGCAUGGACCACUCCAGAAGUCGAGCUAAUCUGCAAAAAGCUAUACAUGCUUCUCACCACAAAACCCUGCGUUUACCUAAUAAACCUAUCUGCGGACGACUUCGUGCGGAAAAAGAACAAGUGGCUUGUUAAAAUAAAAAGCUGGAUUGACGGUCACGGCGGAGGUGCAAUGAUUCCCAUGAGUGUGGAGUACGAGCAGGCGCUUCACAAGAUGCGCGAUGACCCACUCGCCUAUAAUGAGGCGGUAAAGACAGCCAAAAGUGUGCUUCCCAGAGCUAUUAAAGUUGCCUAUCACGAGUUGGGCUUGAUUCACUUUUUAACGGCAGGAGAGAAGGAAGUUCGGUGCUGGACAGUGUUGAGCGGCGCUACAGCUCCGCAGGCCGCUGGAGUAAUUCAUUCUGAUUUUGAAAGAGGAUUUAUUAAAGCCGAAGUGGUUAGUUUUGAGGAUUGGAAAGAGUAUGGGAAAAACGGAAUGGCCGGCGUUCGGGCGGCUGGAAAGCAACGCCAAGAAGGCAAGUCUUACAUUAUUAAAGAUGGCGAUAUUGUUCACUUUCAUUUCAACGUGACGUCUCAAAAGAAGAAGUGAUUGUAC